AUGCUGUUUUCUGCUAUCGCUUUCGCCGCCCUUGCAGGCCAGGCUGUUGUCGCCGAGGGCGUCAAGAAGCCCUACAAGCCUCAAAUGGCAAAGAUGUCCGUAAAGGAUGUCCUCAUGGGACGCCAGGCAGGUGCAGGAUAUUACCCAGACUCGACUGCUUGUGGAACGGGCGACACAUGCGCCGAGGCUUGCGGUGCUGGAUAUGAGCAGUGCUACUCUACCGACGACCUGAUUCACUGCUACGACCUUGCCAAUGCUCAGACAUGCUGCCCCAACAGCAGCGGAGACUCUUGCAAUGCUGGCUACUACUGCACGGCGGACUCGGUCGGUGAAACGUACUGCUGCCCAGAGGGUACGUCGACUGACGACUGUGCUGCCUCGUAUGGCGUUACCGGCGGGCUCCAGUCUAUGAGUGUCGUUGCUACAUCGACUUACACCGCCACUUUGACGUCGACCACCACUGUCGCUUCGACGUCGAGUGCCUUGUCCGAGGCUGCUGUGACGACAAUGACCACGGCGUCAGCUGCUAGCACGACUGGAGAGUGUACCACGUAUACCUCCGAGAUCAUCUACACCGAGACUGACCCGACGGGUGGCUGCACUACCUACACCUCGGCUGUUGUCCACACGAUGCAUUCUGCUUCUGCCACUGUCGGUUCCAACACCACUGCCAUCGCAACCACCGGACUUCUCCCCACGAGCACGACCACUGGUAUUCCCGUCCAGGCAGGAGCUUCGGCCCUUCAGGUUUCCGGAGUAGUAGCCGCUGCUGUCGCUGCACUCAUUCCUCUUCUCAUCUAA